AUGGAUCCAUGUUACAACCAUACAAGCACUCAAAAAAUUAUGGACUUCCCCCUUCAGCUGCUGGUCGGGUCCUGCCUCGCCAUCCUCAUCGUGAUCACUCUCUGUGGUAACAUCAUUGUCUGCCUGGCUGUCACCCUUGACCGCCGGCUCCGCAGCUUGACCAACUGCAUCAUCGUCUCCUUGGCCAUCACCGACCUGCUGCUGGGCCUGCUGGUGCUGCCAUUCUCUGCCUUCCUCGAGCUCACCAAAGAGUGGCCCUUCGGCAGCACUCUCUGCAACAUCUACACCAGCCUGGAUGUCAUGCUGUGCACAGCUUCCAUCCUCAACCUCUUCAUGAUCAGCCUGGAUCGCUACUUCGCUGUCACCACCCCACUGCGCUACAGCCAGGUGGUCACUCCCUCCCGUGUGACUGUGGGCUUGAUUGUUAUUUGGACUAUCUCACUGAUGGUCUCCUUCCUACCCAUCCACCUGGGCUGGAACACCAACGGGACAGCAGUCCAAAACACAGCCCCCAGCUGCAACAAGGAGUGCACGCUGGAGGUGAACCCUAUGUACGGACUAGUGGAUGCCUUGCUCACCUUCUACAUCCCUCUGGUCAUCAUGUGCAUCACCUACUACCGGAUAUUCAAGAUAGCGAGGGAGCAAGCCAAGAGGAUAAACCACACGUGGUGCUGCAGCAGCAACACCUCCAUGCCGCCCACGGUGAAAGAGCACAAAGCCACUGUGACACUGGCAGUGGUGCUGGGAGCAUUCAUCGUGUGCUGGUUCCCUUAUUUCACGGUGUUCACGUACCGGGGGAUGUGGGGAGACAGCAGGGUGAAAGGCACACCCAUGUCUGUUGUCCUCUGGCUGGGCUACACAAACUCAGCCCUGAACCCCAUCCUCUACGGGACAUUCAACAGGGAUUUUCGGGUGGCAUAUCAGCACUUGCUGCACUGCUGGAGGACUGGGGGCCCCAGGAGGUCCCGCCUGCCUACCCCCAAGAAGGCCCAGUCCAGGGCCAAGACCUGCAGGCAGGACCAGGGCAGGCAGGAGAGUAAACCCCUGAAACUGGAGAUGAGGAACGGGAUCUCACUGACCAAUGGAGCCCUCAAGAGGUAA